UCUCCUGAUGCAUGAUCUCUUUCCCUCUCCCCUGCAGGCUGCAGCUCACAGCUUGCAUUGUACUAGUACACUGUACUACUCUACUCCAUUGGACUCCAAUAGCACUAUCACACUCGCAUUUCAUCUGAUUGAUACAGUACUUAUUCACUGGAGUAGUAUUUCCCAGCCAAAGUUCUCUAUCAGUGCCCUUAAGUUAUAGCAUUAGCUAAUUUGGGUGUUGGUGCCUGGCUAGAAGGAGCUACUCUAGGUAAUUAAGAUGAUGGCUCCUCUCUGCUGCUGCCUCCUGCGCGCGCGGCGGCUCCUCUUCUUCUUCUUCUUCUUCUUCUUCUUCUUCUUCGCCGUCGCCGUCGUCUUGUUCUCCUCCGUCUCCGUCGCCCAGAUACCUGGGUUCCAGAGCAUCGACUGCGGGGGCUCCGGCAACUACACCGACGAGGUCGGGCUGGAGUGGACGGGCGACGAGGCGUACGUGGGCGGGGGCGCAGGCACGACGGCGAGCAUCUCGUCCAUCUCGGGGCAGGGGCGGCGGCCUUACAGGACGGUGCGGUAUUUCCCAGCGGACGGGCGCAAGUACUGCUACAGGGUGAGCGUGAAGGCCAGGACGAGGUACCUGGUGCGUGCGAGCUUCCUGUACGGCAACUUCGACGGCAGCAGGGUGUUCCCGGAGUUCGACCUGUACGUGGGCGCCUCGCGGUGGUCCACCAUCGUCAUCUACGACGAGUCCAAGGUGGUGACGAGGGAGAUGGUGGCGCUGGCUCAGUCCGGACCCUCCCUCUCCGUCUGCCUCGCCAACGCCACCACCGGCCACCCCUUCAUCUCCACCCUCGAGCUCCGCCCUCUCAACGCCUCCCUCUACCACACCGCCUUCGAGGCCGCCUUCUUCCUCUCCCUCGCCGCCCGCAUCAACUUCGGCGCCCCCACCGCCGAUCCCGUCCGCUACCCCGACGACCCCUACGACCGCGUCUGGGAGUCCGACAUGGCGCGCAGGCCAAACUUCCUCGUCGACGCCGCGCCCGGCACCAUCCGCGUCGCCACCGACAACCCCGUCUUCGUGGCCUCCGGCGAGCGCCCGCCGCAGAAGGUGAUGCAGACCGCGGUGGUGGGCACGCUGGGCGCGCUCACCUACAGACUGGACCUCAACGGCUUCCCGGGCAGCGGGUGGGCCUGCUCGUAUCUGGCGGAGAUCGAGGACGACGCGGCCGCCACGGCGCGAAGGUUCAAGCUCUACAUCCCGGGGCUGGCCGAGGUGAGCAAGCCGACGGUGGACAUCGGAGAGAACGCGCCGGGGAAGUACCGGGUGUACCAGCCGGGCUACGACAACAUCUCGCUGCCGUUCGUGCUCCCCUUCGCCUUCCGCAAGACGGACGACUCCGCCAGGGGCCCCAUCCUCAAUGCCAUGGAGAUCUACAGCUAUAUCCCCAUACUCCCUGCCUCGCCCGACGCCGUCGCCAUGGACGCCCUGGCGGCGCGCUACCAGCAGCAGCAGCACAGCUGGGCGCGGGAGGGCGGCGACCCGUGUGUUCCCGCACCCUGGUCCUGGCUCACUUGCACCUCAUCCAGAGUCAUCGCCAUAAAUCUUUCAGGAAACAACUUGACAGGCGCCAUUCCACCGGAGCUAGCGGCGCUCCCAUGCUUACAGGAGAUCCGGCUUGACAACAACAUGCUGACAGGCCCAAUUCCGGACCUCAGUGCUUGUACAAACCUGACAGUCAUACACUUAGAGAACAAUCAACUGGAGGGCGGUGUGCCGUCAUACCUAAGCGGUCUGCCCAAGCUCAGCGAGCUGUACCUAGAGAACAACAGGCUGUCUGGAGUCAUUCCCAGGGCUCUGCUAAGUAGAACCAUUGUUUUCAAGUACUCAGGGAACAAGCAUGUCCGAGUGGGGAAGCAAGAGGAGGAGGAGCGGAAUGUGAUAAUUGGGAUAUGUGCGCUGAUGGGAAUAGGCUUGUUGCUUGCAGCUGCCCUGUGCUAUGCCUAUAAUGUUAGUGUUAGCGGGAGGAAACAAUUACAAGGUGCUAGUGCGGGUGGGAACAGCAAGAGCAAGAGCAUAGUCGUGUCCGCGGAGCAGAAGAAGAAGGCAACACCAGUAGCAGGAGGAGGAGGAGGAGAAAUAGACAACAUGAUGGCGGCUAUGGCAGCGCGGGGUCCGUUGGAGUUCGAGGUGAGGGAGCUGGAGGAGGCGACCAGCAAGUUCGCGAGGAAGAUCGGGUCGGGCGGGUUCGGGGUGGUGUACUACGGGAGGCUGGGAGACGGGAGGGAGAUCGCGGUGAAGGUGGCGAGCAGCAACGAGUCGAUCCAAGGGAAGAAGCAGCUGGCCAACGAGGUGGCGCUUCUGUCCAGGAUACACCACCGCAACCUGGUGGCGUUCCUGGGCUACUGCUGGGAGCGCGACAGCAGCAGCUACAUGCUGGUGUACGAGUACAUGCACAACGGCAGCCUCAAGGAGCAGCUGCAGAUGAUGAGCAUCAGCUGGCUCCGGCGGCUGCAGGUGGCGGAGGACGCGGCCAAGGGGAUCGAGUACCUGCACUGCGGCUGCACGCCGGCCAUCAUCCACCGGGACAUCAAGACCAGCAACAUCCUCCUGGACGCCCACAUGAGGGCCAAGGUGUCCGACCUGGGACUCUCCAAGUCCAACAAGGCCACCAACUCCACCACCAAUACCAUCACCACCCACGUGCGCGGCACCCUCGGCUACCUGGACCCGCACUACUACGUCUCCCAGCAGCUCACCCACAAGAGCGACCUCUACAGCUUCGGCAUCAUCCUGCUCGAGCUCAUCUCCGGCCGCCCGCCCAUCCUGCUCACGCCCGGCGCCGGUGCCAUGGCCAGCCUCGGGCCCUGGGCCAAGUCGCACUACGAGAGCGGCGACAUCGAGGCCAUCGUGGACCCGUCGCUGCGCGGCCGCUACCGCGACGUGCACUCGGUGUGGAAGGUGGCCGAGACGGCGGUGCGGUGCAUCGACGCCGAUCCCCGGGGGCGCCCGUCCAUGCCCGAGGUGGUCAAGGACAUCCAGGAGGCCAUCGCGCUGGAGAUGCCGUCCUCGGAGUCGGAGAGGCCCGCCGCCAGCUUCUUCUCUCCGGGGGCGGGGGCAGCCGGUGCGCGCUCCUCGGCGACGGUGCGGUCGCACGACCUCGUCAUGGACAACCUCAUGUACGACUCCAGCUUCUGCGAUUCCCUCAACCUGCCCCGCACGCCCAGAUAGAGACAUGCUCGAUCGUCUCUACUCCUAUUUUUCUGUUUAAUUACUUCAUCACGCGUAAAUUACGCGGCUGGUAUUAUCUUUUUAUAGGAGGCUGGUAUUGUUUUUCACGCUUACAUUUGCUAUAUCAUAUUUAUUUCUAUCUACAGAUAUUCUCUUAAA